CCGUGUCCCUACUCUAUAGAUCAGUAGUACGCAGUGGCAGCACACACCUUCCGCCGCGCGAGAACUAACGUAGUGGAUCGUGCGAGAAGCUAGUACGUACGUUGUGGUACCAGAUACUUUCCGUGCGAGAAGCAACAUACUGUAGUGGCAGCACACACUUUCUCAGUUUCUGGACGAAACAGCGUUGUGUGGGAGCACACACCUUCCGUGCGAGAAUCAGGAGCUACCUGACUGCAUGCAGCUAGACGUCACGGAGCGUGAGUGUGGUGACCUCGAUCUGCACAAUCAGAGUAAUCUAAAAGUAAAACAAACCCAAACGAAGUGUUCCAAGGUGGCUGACGCGGCGGUGGGCCAAACUCAGCUGACAGGACGGGAUAAGACCGCCACGUCCGUUCGUGCUGUUCGCACUACAAUAUUAUUGUAGUUUUUGCACCUUGUAUCGCAAACUUCACAAUUCGUGUGAGAUCUUUCCCUGGAUAACGGAGGACCGGACAUCUAGCUGGGAAAGGUAUCUGAAUAAUGGGCGAUGGAUUCACGUGGAGUUCACUCGCCUGAGACGCACGCUAUGUGGAUAGUCUUGAUUGCCGCUGCUUUACUGCAGGGUUGUCAAGGUGAUGAAGAUCUGUAUGGUGGCUGUCUACCACCUUCAGUUCCGCCUGACCUGAUCGUUGAGCGGGGAAGAUCUAACGGCGCUGUGAGGCUCACCUACAGCUGCGAUGCGGCCUGCGCGCUGCACGGUCCCCGGGAGCAGGAAUGUGUAAAUCACGAUUGGUUUCCCAGCGAGGAGCCAGAGUGUGACUGUCACCACCAACAAGCACCAGCAUAUCCUACUCAACACCGAGACCAAGGCCAUGACGGUUGCCCUGAUGAAACUGCUCCGAGUUCUCACGGCCUUCAAGUUCAUGUGGAAACAUCUGAGAGCGGUGCCAGAAUGCUCAGGUAUGAGUGCUCAGCACGCUGUCACCUAGUUGGUAAUCCCGGGCGAACUUGUGAAAAUAAUGAAUGGUCUCCCAAAGCAGAACCAGUUUGUCAGUGCGACCCAACAGCCACACCAGGAGUUCACCAUGACACUCAACAGCGGGGGACCAAUACCGGUUGCCCUGACGAUACAGCUCCGAGUUCUCACGGCCUUCAAGUUCAUGUGGAAACAUCUGAGAACGGUGACAAGUGGCUGAGUUAUGAAUGUACAGCUCCAUGCCGUCUAAUUGGCAAUAAUCACGUGCGAACGUGUGAAAAUAACAAAUGGCUUCCUGAAGAGGAACCAGUUUGUCAGUGCGACCCAACAGCAGCACCAGAAGAUCACCAAUAUACUAUGCGAUUGGCCAAUACAGCAGCAAUAACGACAACCGUAAAUUCGCUUCCCACUUCUCGAAGGAUCCCACGCCUGCACAGAAGACGAUUUUUGAAUUCGGUCAGAAAACCAGGACGAGCGGCAGUACCACUAGGAACGCAAGCAGCAGCACGGACACUAAAACCCGCGUCAGCAACAGCACCAACGCCACCAAGACUACCAACAGCAGCACCAACAGCACCACCAGCAUCAACACCAGCAACAACAGAACCAACACCAACUCUAGGAAGAGCAGGAAUACCUAUGCCAUUACCAUUUAUACCUCCACCACCACCACCCGCAUCAACACCAGCAACAACACUAACACCAAUACCAAUACCACCACCACCACCACCACCACCACCACCAACAACAACAACAUCAACAACAGCAGCAUCAACAUCAACAGCAGCGCCAACAGCAGCACCAAUAUCAACAGCAGCACUGACAUCAUCAACAGCAGCACUGACAUCAUCAACAGCAGCACUGACAUCAUCAACAGCAGCACUGACAUCAUCAACAGCAGCACCGACAUCAUCAACAGCAGCACUAACAUCAUCAACAGCAGCACUGACAUCAUCAACAGCAGCACUGCCAUCAUCAACAGCAGCACUGACAUCAUCAACAGCAGCACUGACAUCAUCAACAGCAGCACCGACAUCAUCAACAGCAGCACCAACACCAGCACCAACACCAGCACCAAUAGCUUCAGCUUCUACAGGAGACCAGACCAAGAACGAAGGCUGUGAACUAAAGACUCCCAAAUCCCAGGACCUUUAUGUCCAAAAACGUAUAUCUAAUGGCACCAGGAUGUUGACAUACGUGUGUAUGUCAGGCUGUGCUCUGAAAGGCUCCCAUGAGCGAACGUGUGUAAAUAAUGAAUGGCAUCCCGAAGAACCUGCGUGCGACUGUGCACGAACACCAGCACCAAUAGUAUCGCCUUCCACUGAACAUAAAGCCACCACUACGAUUGCCAUCCCAUCACGAGGGGCUGCAUUGCUGCCGCAGUCUAGCCAAAUGAUCCUCAUUCUAGCGGGCGCAGUGCUGGCUUUGCUCCUGGGCCUCGCCUUCUUUGCCUGGAGACUUCGUUCGAGAAAACAGAAGCAAGACUCCGCCACCGCCUCCUCCAACACAUACUCUAAAGCGGCGCUUCCGAGACACGACAGCAAAGUGCGCCGCGUCCUGACCACCACGUCCAUGAUACCUCUGAGUGGUUCAACGGCCGGUGCCGACGCGCUCACCGGCUGCCACAAUCCACUAGCUGGCGGCGCGGACGGGCCGGAAACGGAACAGGGCUACAUGAAAUCCUUGCCGUUCCAGGACGGAAGCGAGCACGCGGGCGGCCAGAGCGCCGACAUGUACACCAUGCCCAGAAUGGAAGAGGUUGAGCUUGGCAAGCAGCAGCAGGCGCCCGGAGGGUAUGCGGCCGUGUCCAGCUAUGCAAGCAAAACCCCGAUCAAGCCUCGGUCAAUCACCGAUACUACUCACUACAUAUCACCAAUAGACAUAAUGCAAGCGUCCAUUAAGUCCUGCGUCUGCAUUCUCGGUGAUGAGUAGACUAUGAGCCCAGACAAUGGUUCCAGGCAAUGGUCCCGGGCUUUGUUUCUAGGCAAUGGUUCCAGGGACUGUUCCAGGCAAUGGUUUCAGGCAAUGGUCCCGAGCUGAUGCCCUUUUCUCUUCACUAGGAAUGAAUAGGUAGUGCUGUGUGAUGAUCGUCCAGUGUGUGUGUGUGUGUGUGUGUGUGUGUGUGUGUGUGUGCGACUCUUUAGUUGGCAGCACGGCUGACCUACAUUUCAUUACGUUUUAGGUUGAGAGCGGAGCAACCUACACAAUUGCAACAAAAUGUUAUGCCAUACUGCAUAGCUGCCACGAACAUAUUAUUCCAUGUGUCACGUGUAUACCGGGUUGGAAAUGUUCUACCAGAUGAUAUGAGCGAUUCGAGCCUCUUGGACACCAGCUUGCUUUGUCGUUUAACCUUGCACUAUUUGUUGCAUGCAUCCUCUUCUCUUGAGUGGAAACUAGGCUGAAGAUCGAGGCUUGGGCCGGGGGAAUUCCCUUGCCCAAUUGUCACCAUUUUCUUUCUUUAGUUUCAGGCACUCCAUUGGACAGCCUGGAACCUCUCUGGGUUACAUUUUCGUGAUGUAUUUUUUCACUUGAUGAGCAGUGUCCGAUAUAGAGCGGCAGUGGCUCAAUGACAAACAUUCAUUUGACAUUUCUCAAUGACAAACAUUCAUUUGACAUUUCUCUAGCCACUCACGUACAUAUACAGUGCAGUGGCAACUGAAAUCCGACCCCUGAGCGAUGCGUUCACAUUCUAGCGGUCUCUGUUUCGUAGCUUCACCGUCCCGUGUUGGGUCUUUGCGGUGUGGGUGCACCACUCAGGGGUCGGAUUUCAGUUGCCAGCACUGCACUGUAACCACACAGAUGAUGCAUUCCCAAAAGGUUGGCUCUUUCCCGAAAGUAAUGUUUUGCUGUAGAAUUCAUCCUCUUUGUAAUAACACAUCAAAUGUCUUCUCAGCACUGCAUACGUGUAUCUAUCUGCUAUUUAUUUCGAUUUCAAAGAGCUCACAGUCCAUACCCUUGACACAACAUACAUUGACCUCUGUAGCACCGUGCCAAAGUGAGGCUAAAUUAAUUUUUAAAAGGUUAAUAAAAUAACUCUUGA